AUGGACAAGACACGAAGAGCGAAUAUGCUCAUCAGCGCCCUCGGACGGUCCGGGAGCGUCCAAGACGCGCAGUGCGUCUUCCUAGCCAUGGAUCAAAGGAAUAUCUUCUCCUGGAAUAUCCUUCUUGCGGCAUAUGCCCAGUCCGGGCAUAUGCUUCCCGCCCGCGAGGCCUUCUCCAAGAUGCCCCAGCACGACGCAAUAUCGUGUGGAACGCUGCUCAAGAUCUUCUCGCAAUGCGGCAUGAUCGCCCACGCAGAGGCGAUCUUCGCUUACAUCCGCGACCCCGACACGAUCGCCUGGAGCGCUAUGAUCACAGCACACGCCCGAGCUGGGCAAAUUGAUGCCGCCAAGAGCUACUUCGAUCGCGUGCCUCGUCGGAACGUCGUGUGCUGGAACGCGAUGAUCCAGGCGUGCAAUCUCUCUGGAAUUCCAAUCGAGGCAAAAAUAUUCUUCGAUAGAAUGCCGCUGGCGGAUGUAAUCUCCUUCACGAGCAUGAUAGCGGCGUAUUCCCAGACCGGGCACUUGGAGCGCGCGCUGGAAAUAUUUGCGCUUCUUCCUCGCCCGGAUCUCGUCGCCUGGAACGCGCUCAUGGCGGCAUUCUUGCGCUCGGAUCGAUUCGACGAGGCCGUAGAGAUCUUCCACGCCAUGCCGGAUCGAAGCGUGGUGUCGUGGAACGCGCUCAUCACGACCUACGGGCAGAGCGGGCGCUGCGAGGACGUGGAGAGGACUUUCUUGGCGAUGGCGAGGAGAGAUCUCGAGUCUUGGAACUGCGCCAUCCAGGCGGAGCUCCAAGAUUCUGGAAGAGAUGAUCACGGCCUCGCGGCAGCAGCAGCAUUCCUGGAGAGAAUGCCGCAGUGGAGCGAGAUUUCUUGGAGCCUGAUGGCGCAGACGUACGCUCCCACCGGGAAAUUCCAAGCUCUACUCGAAUCGACGCUGCCGGAUCUGCCGCUCAUGACGUGGAACGAAAUGAUCACCGCGCACGCCCUGAACGCCAAGAUCGAGGAAUCCAAGCGGCUCUUCGACUGGAUGCCGCAGCGCGACGUGAUCUCCUGGAAUCGCCUCCUCCAGGGCGUGGCGAACGAAGAACAAGAAGAUCAAGAUCGAGAGCUACUGGAAGAAAUCUACCACCGAAUGCCCGCCCGGGAUCUUAUUGCUUGCACGACGAUGAUCGGCGCCUAUGCCGGCCUAGGAUCGCUGCUCCAGGCGCGCGAUCUCUUCGAUCGAUCGCCCCAAAGAGACAAGACGCUCUGGAAUGUGAUGCUCAGCGCCUACGCCCAGAAUGGGCGAGCCGACGAAGGGCGUGGAUUGUUCCACGUCAUGCCCCACACGGACGAGGUUUCGUGGACCGCGAUGCUCGGCGUAUAUUCCCAACAAGGCCGCCCGGAAGACACCCGGGAUAUUUUCGAAAAGAUGCCCAGGCGAGACAAGGUGGCCUGGAACGUACUAAUCGACGGAUAUUCCCAAAACGGGCAUUUAGAAGAAGCAAAAGAGGCGUUUGCAAAGAUUCCUUGCUGGAAUGCCAUGCUUUGGAACUCCAUGGUGAGAUUAUAUGCCAUGAGAGGGCAUCCAGAGGCAACAAAGGGAGUGUUUGAGAAGAUGCCACAGAGGGACAUUAUCUCUUGGAACUCCUUGAUCUUUGGAUAUUCCCAGAACGGGUAUAUUCGCGAGCCCGAGCUCUUCUUCCACCUCAUGCCCGAGUGGAGCACCGUCUCCUGGCUCGUUUUGAUGGCCUCGCUCGCCCAAAACGGUCUCGCCGAUCGAGCAAAAUCCGUGUUUGAUCGAAUGCCCGAGCCGGACACCGCGUGCUUCGUCGCGCUCAUGGCCGGAUUGGCGUCCAACGGCAGCUGCCAAGAGACCAUCGAUCUCUUCCGGGCGAUGAAUCUCUUCGGCUGGAAGCCAAACGCGGACGCGUUCGUGAUGAUCCUCCACGCCUGCAGCCACUCGGGGGACGUGAUCCAGGGGCGCGACUUCUUCGCCUCGAUCCGGGAAGCCCACGGCCUGGAGCCGACGAUCGAGCACUACUCCUCGAUGAUCGAUCUCCUGGGGCGCUCGAGGCGGAUCCAAGAGGCCGAGGAGCUCGUCCACAGCAUGCCCUUUCUCCCGGACGCUGUGACCUGGACGAUCCUUCUCAACGCCUGGACCGUGCAUAGCGAUCUGGAGCGAGGAGCUCGAGCCGCGAUCGAUCCCAAAAGCCCAGCUGCGAGCUACAUUCUCCUCUCCAAAGCUUUUGGCUACACACUGCCCAGCUUUGUCUCUCGAGAGCAGCGCUUCCAUCCCCAUCGCGCUUCCGGGAAGGAUGGGAUUGUGAGGAGUCGCGGCCAUCCGGCAUGGAAUCGCUGCCGCCGGCGCCAGCUCCCUGGAGCUCCAGCAGCGCCAGCGCCAGCAGCACGGCGAUUCUGGGGUUUUGGUGACGGCGGAUCCGGGGGGGGCGAGGGGGUUCGCCGGGCCGUGGCUGCUGGCGCUGGUCUCGGGAGGAAUUCGUGGGGUUUAGGGUGCGCAGAUCCGAAAUUCUGGACGAGCUCUCGACCAGGUAUCGUCCAAUCUCUUAGCAAGAACUAG